GAUCUCAGGUGCUGCCGCUGUAGUAGCGAAAGCCUUCCUGUCCUUCAGUCGCACUACGACUCCCAGGGAUCUCAUCGUACCAAGGCGUAUCCCUAGCUACGAAAUAUCCUGUCGCCUAGGAAACAGUUCUUCGUAAUUCUGUUUCCUUUAUCCAGUGUAUUUUGCUACUGAAUAAGACGACACUCUUUAGACGAAAAUAAGUAAGAAAAUCCCAGUAGGUACCCCCUAACGUAUUAGCGUGUUUAACCAUGUUUUGUAUUUUUAUGUAAUUCAUUUCCCUAGAACAGGUAUAUGGGCUUAACAAUAGAAAACCGCCAUAUAUUAUCUAUGGAGGAAAGACAGUCAAAUCUUAAAUUGUCACCGGGAAAUUGUGUACAGUUCCAUGUAUCGUUCCCAACAAUUUAGGAAACCUUCAUUCAAUGAAUGCGUUGGACUCUGGAGAGAGCCCAGCCACUUUACCAGGAACUGAAAACUCGCUUCUGACCAAUCGCUUGCGGCGUUAGCCCACAGUCCUCUCUCUCAUUGGUCAUUGGGCUGUCCUGAUGUUCGGGAGGGGAAGGGUUUAAAGCGCGGGCACGUUUGAACAGCACAGGCGCGCGCCUCCGACCCGUCUGUUGCGAUGCUAGGGAGCGCGCGCGCAAGCCGGUGGCAGAGAGGGUAGGCCGUGACGUCACCACGGAGCCGCAGGAGAUGCUGAGGUGACAGCAGAGAAGGAGAAAAGGGACGAUUUUUUUUUACACAUCUAGAUGCCAGCAUAAACAAUUAGCAACUGCUAUCCAGCGUCUUGACUACACCGUUAACCAUGGGGAUUUAACACCGUCGUCGACACUGAAGCAGAGCCAAGGAGGUCUCCUCACCACACCCGUGUCCCUGUAAGGGAUACACGCACAGCGAAGUGAGCAGCGGGUGGUCCCAAUGCCAGCGUGUGGCCUGGGCAGUGCCUAGGGGAAGCGCCCAGUCCACUCCGGGGGCGGCAGGAUGAGCGGGGGAGGGGAGCAGGCCGAUAUCCUCUCGGUGGGCUUCCUGGUCAAGGAGCGAUGGAAAGUGCUGAAGAAGAUUGGCGGGGGCGGCUUUGGGGAAAUCUAUGAGGCCGUGGACCAUCUGACGCGAGAGAAUGUGGCGCUGAAGGUGGAGUCGGCGCAGCAGCCCAAACAGGUGCUGAAGAUGGAAGUGGCCGUGCUGAAGAAGCUGCAAGGCAAGGACCAUGUGUGCCGGUUCAUCGGGUGUGGACGAAAUGAUCGCUUCAACUACGUGGUGAUGGAGCUGCAGGGCCGGAACCUGGCAGAUCUGCGCCGCAGCAUGACCCGGGGCACCUUCACCAUCAGCACCACCCUGCGGCUGGGCCGGCAGAUCCUGGAGGCCAUAGAGAGCAUCCACUCCGUGGGCUUCCUGCACAGAGACAUCAAGCCGUCCAACUUUGCCAUGGGCCGUUUCUCCAGCACCUACAGGAAAUGCUACAUGCUGGACUUCGGCCUUGCGCGCCAGUUUACCACCAUCACCCAAGAAGUGAGACCGGGAGAGGGCAGUGAAGACAGUUUAUCGCAGAGAGGGAUCAGUGACCAUGGAGAUGACAUGUCUGAGGGAGAGAUCAGGGAAGGCAGAGACAGCUUGUGUCCAGAGCCUCGGCCUGUGGCAGGGUUCAGAGGAACAGUGCGGUACGCCUCCGUCAAUGCGCACAAGAAUAAGGAGAUGGGGCGCCAUGAUGACCUCUGGUCCCUCUUCUACAUGCUGGUGGAAUUUAUGAUUGGUCAGUUACCCUGGAGGAAGAUCAAAGAUAAGGAGCAGGUGGGUAAGCUGAAAGAAACCUAUGACCACAGGCUUAUGCUGAAACAUCUUCCUCCAGAGUUCAGCAUCUUCCUCGAUCACAUCUGCAGCCUGGACUACUUCACUAAACCUGAUUACCAGCUGCUGAUGUCGGUGUUUGAGAACAGCAUGAGGACCUUUGGUGUGGUGGAGAAUGACCCCUAUGACUGGGAGAGGACUGGCUUGGAUGGCACACUGACGAUUGCCACCACAUCUAACACACCUCAGCAGCACACCCGUCUCACUCCUGCACAGCUGGGCAUGGCCAACGCUUCUCUGAUGCCAGGAGACCUCAUGAAAGAGAAUACCGAUGAGGUGCUACAGGAUGAGCAACUGAGUGACGGGGAGAAUGGUCUGGACAAGGCCCUGCCCGGCUCGCCAGGGCUGCCGCGCCGCCCACAGGAGCCCGACGUCUGGGAGGAGCUGGACCGGAACCGCAACCGGGUGAAAACAGCAGGGUGGAAGGUAGAGACUGAGGAGGAAAACAGUCAGAACCAGGGGAACCACAGCCCAUAUGCCGGGCCCAGCCUAGGGUCUCCUGUCAGGGUGCGCUCGGAGACGGCCCAGUCGAACCCACCCCUGCUGAGGAAGCUGCGGUCCAUCCACAGCUUCGAGCUGGAGAGGAGGCUGACCCUGGAGCCCAAACCCAACACGGAGCGCUUCCUCGAAGCCUGCUCUGGAAAGCAGCAGGGAGGCCUGGCCCAGGACAAGGAGGGAAACCCAGCUGUGAUGGGCAGCGCAGGGCGUGUUGAGAGGGUGUGGCACUAUGAUGAGGAGUUCCUGCCAGGUGGGUCCAAACCGGGCUCCCCAGGUUCCCCGGAGCAGGGCGAGGGAGCAGCCAGCAGCGGCUUUGUGGCCGUGAACUUAAGCUCUGGGCAGCAGGAUGUGGACUCGCGGGAAUGGGUCGUGGUGGAUCGUGAGCAGGACCUGCAGGAUUUCCGGGCUGGCAUUGGGGGGCCAGGAGCCAAAGCCACCAGCAGCCCUUCAGAAGAAGACCCCGAGGUUCUGCAGCUGGUCGAGGAGAUGCCCAGCCAAGAGCGGCUCAGCACCAGCCCCCCCGCUGCCCAGAGGGUCAGCGCUGGGCCUGAGCCGGGCCUCAAAGUGGAACGGCUAGAACUCGGCAUGGGCCACUCUGCACUCCUGCCGGCUGCCACCCCCACCAGUCCAGCGGAGGCCCUGGCAGAGGGUGUCCUCACGCAGCUCCCCACCUCUCCUCCUUCACUGCCCGAGCCCAGCCGCUCCCCCAGCCCGCUCGCGCUCCUGUCCACCCUCUCGGACCCCCUGCACCAGCGAGCGCCCGGCCUCCGCAGGAGCCAGUCGGCCGAGCACCCCGCUGUCCUCUCCCGCUCACCGGGCCACCGGAAGCUGCCCGCUGUCCCGGGGGGUGCCAGGUACCCCUCUGUCAUACGCAUCUCCCGCGCCCAGCUCCAGCAGACAGUGUUGGGUGUCUUUUACCUCUUACCAGAGGAACAGUUUCAUCAACAGCUCACCGCCCCUCGGCCCUCAGUGUUGUCCUCCCAGUCUGCCUCGGACAGUGUGCCACAGUGCCUCCUGGUGGAGAGACGGGAGGGAGACUGCCAGCCCAUGGACACCACUGCUGACAUGCACUCUCCCCAGGACCGCCACGGGGACCUGUGCAUCGCAGGGUAUGCGGAGCGACAGCCUGAUGAGAAGCCUCUUCCCGCAACUCCCAGGCCUGCAGACUCCGUUUUCGAGGAACCUGAGAAAAAGGCUCCCAGCCCAGUGCCAUGCCAGGUCUUGGCUCACCAUUCGCCCAGCCCUCCGCGGAGUCCAGUGAUCGCCAAUGGCAACCUGUCCCCGCCGGUGAAUGGCCCGGGCUGCAUGGGUGCCUUCCCUGAGCUCAAGGACAUGGAGAGCGAUUCUGGAUAUCCCGAUGGAUCCACAGAGACCCAUGCCCAGCGAGCGGAGGAAGGAGAGAGGGGUAUGUUUCCUGCCGGGACUGCUGGCACAGGCCCGGCGCCCCCCCGCAGAGAUCCCGCCCGCAGGCUCAGCCGGAUUCCCGUGCUGGAGCCCGGCCUCUCCGAGUGCCCCCCGCCCGGCUCGGCGAAAGAGAAGCUGCUGCAGAAGAAGGCGCAUCACUCCGAACCCGGGCGCCCCGCCUCCGAACGGCGUCCGGCGUCCAACCUGCGCGGGGAGGUGUCCUCCGCGUCCGACCGCUCGCAGGAGGACGAGUCCUGCCUGGUCUCCCGCUCAGACCGGCAAGGCGAGGAUCCUCUCUCCCUCUCCUCCUCCUCCGGUCCUUUGUCCCGCAAGAGCAAGAUCCCCCGGCCAGUUCCCGUCCCGGCCUCCGAGCCGCUGUCCGGACAGUUCGUGCCGCAUCCUCCUCCGGGAAAGCCUCCCAGCCGGUCCGCAGUGGACAGCAGGUUGCGGCGGUACCGGAUCCGGGCGAGCAGCACCAGCGAUUCAGACCUGCUCUCCUGCCUGGCCCACAUCAUGCAGAACGGCAGCGGACCCAGGACCCGGGGCUCGGCCGCCACCCGGAGCAGCGCCAGGAUCCCCGCCAGCAGCCCGUCCACCCCCCACCGCAGCACCAGCGCCUCCCCCCGGAGCUCCUCCUCCCUGCAGCGCUCCGUCAGCUCCUCCCCGUCCCGCCACGAACACCGGGGAGGCGGACUGGGGCGCAGCCGCUCGCCCCCCAGCUUCUCGGGCUCGCCCCCGCCCCGCCGGGCCUACCCCCAGGAGACCUGCUGCGGCCGGCAGGCCCGCUCCAGCUCCUUCCACUGCCCCCGGGGCAAGGGCUCCAGCCGCGAGGGCAAGUGCUCCAGCAAGCUCAGCAGAUAAUGACGCAGCACGGACCGAGCCCCGGGUUCGAUUCCCAGGCCCCGCUCGAUCGCCCCACACAGGGCGCUGGCGCAUUUCUGCUCCACUCUCUUUUCGCAUUUAAAAUGCGAUACGCACUGUGCCCGUCUCCCACCCCCUCAUUCCUGCUCUUCUCUCCUUGCACGGCUUCUCCAAAACUUCCAAGAGGUCCGAAGGCGUCCUCGCCGGACGCUUCGCUAAAUACAGGCCUGGGAGAAAAAAAAACACAGCCUAAGGAAUAGGGAGUGGGCCUUGUGGAAGAAAGCAGAAGUCCCAGCUUUCCUGUUUCAGUAAUGAAUUGCGGCACGCUGUACAGUUACCAUUGGAGUACACAGUGCAGAAGCAAUAAAAUCGGUUUGGAAAUCAAAGAGAAAAGCAGGAAUGAGAUUGGGAGAAAGGAAUCACCCCUUUCAUGCUUAAGGAACAAGAAUUAUGAAGGAACCAAAAUAUCAGAAUGUUGUUCUACGAUACAGCUACUGAAACAUGGAAAACACUAACUGGGCAGUUAAUAUUAUGUCUUUUUUUCCUGUCCAAUUUCCAGAAUGGAGGUAGGCUGGGUUCUGAACACUUAGGCUUACAGUGUGGAGACUGAUCGUACCAAUAUCCUCAAAAAAGGUCAUGUAGGGCUGAUUUGCUGUUUUGACAUCAUGUCUGCCAUCAAUGCACGGUCAUCCGUGGCCAUUUAAAAUUGUGUUUAUUGCCAAGCCAGAAUACCAGUCUCUAUGUGUUAGUGAGCUGACCUCAACAACAGUCCUGUUCAGGCACUUCAGACCCAAAGCUGUAGUACUUCCAAACCUGAAUAUUAAAUUAUUUUGCUCAGCAUCUAAGAUACACACAUAAACUAUAUCCCAUCAGCACUGUCUCAGCUCAUGAUUAUAACAGGCUGAUGAACAUCCAGUGUAGUCUGUCUCAUUCCUGCUUUGCACAGAGGAUAAUGAAAUGCCAGAUGCUGUCACAGACAACACUUAAUCCUGUAUUUAUAUUUGUAGAGCUGUGCUUUGGGAGGAAAAGCAGCUUGCUGUCUUCCCAGAUGUCCAACAGGGGUCAGGAGAAAGCUGAGGGGGUACAGUGUAGAGUCAGACUACCUCCUGUUCCAUGUCUGAAGUCUCUUGCAACUGGGCACCCCUUAUGUAGCUAAUAUUACAUGUGCUUACAGUAUUCAUAUUAAUAUAUAGAUGCAUAUGCCCAGGUAUUUGCUACACAUCACAAAAGUAUUUCCAGUAUUCCAUUAUGUGGGCAGAUAGCUAUUUAUAUGUAUUUAUCAGACAUGUUCAUGAUGAAGACCUUAGUCUUUGUACAUUUGAAAGCAGUCUAUUCCUGCUUUGGUUUUUGGAGAAAAUCAAUCCCAUGUUUAGGAUGGAGGAGUCCAGUUGGCUUGAGGAAAAAAAAGGAAGAUCAUCCCUCUUUCAUCUGUUCACUCAGUAGUUAUCCAUCCUUUCAAGUGUUCAGUUUUUUUCUAUUACAGUGCAGUUUUCCCACAAUUUAAUAAAGAAGUGGGGAAACAGAUCUGCUCCUCAAUCUUGAAGAAAAUAAAAGUAAAACGAAGGGGGUGUAGAACUGAAAUUGCCCUGCUGCUUCAAAAAUAGGAACAAAUCUGUGGUGACAUGCGUUGCACUUUAACAUUAAAUAGCACUCUGCUAGCACUUAGAAUAGAGAUGCCUGCCUCCAUCCUGUGAAAAGACUCCUUUAAUUGAAAGCAUUCUCAUUGUCAAACUGUGUCUGUACUGCAAUUAUCUGACCCUAAGAGAAAGGUAUGCUGCUAGUUAUCUUGGAGAAUAUUCUUUUUUUCUGGGAAAGAUAAGACCUUAAAAACCCUCUCUCUCCCACAUGUCUUUUCAGCCUUUCUUCUAACAUAAGUAAUGGGUUAGAAAUCACAUGCCUGCAUUUUGGUCUGUGUUGAAAUAAUUUGUGCAAUACAUGACUUUAGAGCUUUGCCAGAUUUUGGCAACAAAAGUAAAGAACUAAUAAGCACACUGAAGACUGCAUUUUAUAACUAAACAGAGCCUGUUUAAAAGCAGAUAUGCUAAAAGAUCCUAGUUUGGUGCCUUUUUGAAGGUACAAAUGAUAAACAUUGCACUUAAUUACCACACACUACAUUAACCCCAUCCAAUGCAGUCUUCACUGUGAGAGAUAGUAGUAUGAAAAUGCCCAUUUCAAUCUGUGGAUUUUCCGAAUAGAUAUUCUGAAUUUAAGGUGGGGUAGUUUGACAGUUUACAUUUUGUUCAUCUGAAAAUAAUAGCUGGGCAUUCCAGCAUUCUGAACACUCCAGAAGUUUGAUUAAGCAGGACAUUACUUUGCAAGUACUGACACACUUCAACCAUAAUUUGUUUUUAUUUCUUUUGAAUUUGUAAGAUACUGUACUAUAGGAUCUAAUAAAUAAUAUUUGCAUGCACAACAAGACGUAACUAAUGUAUAAUUAUUCAUAGGUUUGCCAUUUUCAGAAGACUGGACUCUAAGAAGGAAUAAGCUAUAGAUGUACCGUAUUGUUUCUGUUUGGAUCCCAGUCCAUGUGAGCGCCCUGAGGUCAGAGUGUCCUUGACAGCUCCCCUUCUGUCAGAGUGGCCUUAGCAGUUCCAUAUGAAACACUUACCAGCUGGGCUUGAAAGUUCAGCUCUUGGCUGGGGGAAAGUACCAUGCUCCUCCUGUCUGCUGAUACAUCUUCAUCAUGUUGUUGUAUCUAACUGCAGUAGAUAAUCUGUAAUUUGUAAAUAAAAUUGUCACUCAAAUUAAUGCAUUGAUUAAUCACUGGCAGGCAAAAGAUUUGUUUGAGAAGAUUGAGGAAUUUCCUCCUCAAUCCUCUGGUCAGAAUGACUCUAGAUCUCAGUCCUGUUGAAAAUAUAGAUGAGAAAUGAGGUUCAGGUUUAUAAGCCCCUCCUCAUUUGGAGACCGUUCUGCUAGAAAAUGUGGCUGGGCUUGGGCUGAACCUGGCAGAAUUCACAAAAAAUGCUCCUAUUCCUGGUGUUCUUGCUGCCGAAUAGAUUUUUCCUAUUCUGACAAACGCCUGUGUUGUGCAUACACUGCUACAGUGUGAGAAACAAUCACAUUUUUUCCAUUUAAAAAGAACCCAAAUUCAUUUCCACAUUUGAAGGAAAAUAGCAUUUGCUGUAAGUGUUUCUCAUACUGUAUAUCAAACAUCAAUACUUUAAAUCGUCUUACGAUCAGUCCCUGUUUUCUGCUUUCUUAUGUUUUCUGACAUUGAGCUUUCUUCAAAAUAGGGCUCUUGUGUCCUUUCAGAACAACAUGAUCAUUGGUGUAGUUAUUCUAAAUACCCAUUUUACUCAGUCUGCAGUGUCCUUACUUUUUUCCAUUUUUUUAACUGAAAUCAGGAACCCCUGUGUCUGUUAAUUUUUAUUAGACUUUGAAUGUGAGGACCCCUCACUGCAUGACUACAUAAUCACACCUUCCAGUGAAUCUGUUUUACUGUAGAUGAUAAAGUUUUGGAUUUUCAAGACUGAAUAUAGCAAGACCUUCAGUAACAUAGUAAAAGAGAUGUGAUAACUGUAUAAAACCAUCUCUUAGAUCAUUGAACAGGUACUGGCUGUACCAAAAUUACACAUUACAUCCAGUCCCAGCAGUGUUUUAACACAAUCUGAAUGUGAUUGUUUGCUCCACACACAGAUGUCAUUUGUAAAAUCUGGAAAUAGACUCAAGUAUGGUAGUGUUCAGGACUUGCUAACAUGAUAGAAACUUUUUUAAACAAUCUGUUUACUGAGCUAUGGACACUUUUCCUGUAUGUCAGUCUGUCUAAAGGUAUACUGUUUGUUUGCUAAUAUGAAACAUGCUCACUUCUUCAGCUCAGCAUAUGUGAUUGCUUCCCUCAAGACUAUGAAAUUCCACUAAGCAAACAUAACCUAUUUAUGGCCAGCUUGAGUAGCUCUGCCUUGUUCGAAGACGUUUAGCUCUGCUGAAAGUAUACAGUGGCUGAUUCAAAACAGGGCUUCCUCAGUGUUAAGAAAAACGUUACACUACAAAUUAGUGUUAUCCUGAAGUGUUACCCUUUUUACUUUAAGUAAAGUUUACUUUUUCUAAGAAAUGUGUCCUUCGAAUACCUAGAACAUCCUUGUUUACUGUAUUUUAUUAAUAGAAAUAUUCUACUUGUUCAACUUUGUUUUAAAUGAGCAACUACUACUAGGACAUUUAUUUAUCCAGACAGAUCAGAUUGUACCAUUUCUCACGGUCAAAUAAAUCAGUUCAAAUAACUGAGACAAAGCUGCUUUUUACCUGUAAGAAAUAUUGUGAAUACAUCGGAAGUAAAAACGUGGAGAUAAAUCAAGUGACUUAAAGCCUUUCAGUCUUAAACUUCAUUUACAGUUUAUAAGAUUGCUAGAGCCAUAGACUAAAGCAUGCCUGAGGACCUUUACUGAUUGUCCCGAUGAAUCUCAACAAAGGAGGCUGAAGUUACUUUCUUGCAUGUAAUAAAGUACCUAGCAAAGUAAGAACUUUGACUAUUAAAAUGCGACUUCAGCAGAGACAUUUGCAUUCCUGGUUCAUGUUAUGUCCACUGCAUCAAGCAGAUAAGUAAAAACUCUAACUUGCAAUUACAAUUUAUGUGCUGGUUUAUCCCUACAAUAAAGAAGAGACACUUAGCCAGUAUCUCAGGAGAAAAAGAUCAUUCAUUUUUUGUUAGGGUAGACUCAUUACAAAACCCCAGAAAUCUUUCCAUUACUUUGAAUAAUUGGGGAAAAAUAGAAGAAUCUUUUAAUGACUGUAUAUAAACACUCACAAUUGCGGACUGUAGACUUAUUUUUACAACAAAAGAGUUCUGUUUUGCUAUGGUAUCAUUUAGUGGCAUUGCUGUGGAGGCCAGCUUGUGGGGAGGAUCUUUGAAUUUUGUAUGCUUGUAGUUGAAGAAUUUAUUUACCACAAAGUGCAUUUGCGUUCCUGAGCAAAUGCUGAUCUUGUAGUAUGAGAAUGUGUUUUUGAUCAGCAACUUGCCCAGUAAUUGCAGUCGACAUCCUAGUUAAAGAUCUACAUAAUGAUCAGCUAGUCCAUGAAUCAGAAAAUAGUCUUUGUCUCACUGUGAGCUUUCUUAUUUUACUAGCAAGGUCUGAAUGUGAUACUCCAUUUUGAUAUUUGCACUUGCCUGCACAUUUAAAAUAUGUUCUCAUAAGUUGCACCUUGAUUUGAGUUAACGGUCAUUGUUGGAAAAGUAAUGUACAGUAAUCUAGUCACGCAGGAAUUCUGUCAUUGUUAAAAUAGCCUGAUUGGUAUUUGAGCUAAAGGUCUCUAUAAUUAUUUCUGAGAUAUAGCCCUGGCAAAAGUCUGAAAAAGUUAAGUACUUUACUAACCCUUCAUAGGAUGGAUGGAGAUUUUAAAAUAUUUUAGCACCCUUAAAACACAGUUACAGCAGUUUUUUAGCACCACCAUGGCCUCCUAAUAAUCCCCCUCUAUGAAUUGGCUACAUUACUCUGCUCUCCUCCCCACUGAUAGCUGAU